AAUAUUCAGCACCAUAUUAGAGUAACGAAUAUGGGUAGAUAUGGGGACUUAUCAUGAUUAGAUCCAGAUAUAUCAUUAAUUGAUAAGCAUUUGAUGUUAUUGAUAAGUCGGAAGAUAUUUUAGACCUGAUUUUACAUCAUAAACUAUCAAAAGAAGUUAUAAUAUGGCUAGAAUUAUGAGAUAAAAUAGAUUUAGUCGAUCUCAUGAAGUAUCAUAACCCAUUCACUUCAAUAUUAUAGCAAUUCUAUUGUCAUAAACACUAAUUAGUGGUAGGUUUGACUUGUGUGGUAUAAUGUCGCAGUGGACUUCGAUAGCCCCUAUUUGGAUUACUUGGCGACAUUUUCCGAGAUCAUCAAAAUGUCUCUUCAUACCCGAUAUUUGAAUCACCUAACCAAUCCUGGGGCAUAAGAAUUCAUUGCUACCAAUAUAAUCCAAACCAAAUCCAGUGAUGUCGGUUGAAACCAUAUCAAUUGGUAACGAAUUGAAAGAUGGAUUCAAAUCCACUACCAAAUGGGUCAAUAAUGGUAUUAAUUUUAUGUCAGAUAUUGAAGAAUUUUAUCGUGAAAGAGGUACUAUUGAAAAGGAAUAUGCUUCCAAAUUAAAGGAUUUAUGUAAAAAGUAUUUCGAUAAGAAAUCAAAAUUAUCAUCACAUCUCUCUGUGGGUGAUGAACCUGUUAUAACUCCUGGAUCAUUAGAAAGUGCUUCAUUAGUAUUAUGGACGGAUGUGUUAACUCAAACUGAAGCAAUUGCUGAUGAAAAAUUACAAUUUCAUCGUCAAUUAAAUACCAAUAUAGGAGAGAAUUUUAAUACCUUAAAAGUAAAAAGUGCAAAGAUUAGUAAACAUAUUGAAGGUAUUAAUGAAUUCUUAACUACUGAGAAACAAAAAAUAGAUGAUGGUGUAUUAAAAUCUAAGAAACAAUAUGAUGCUUUAUGUCAAUCUACUGAAACAGCUCGUGAAAAGAGUGAAAAAUCAUCAAGUGAUAAAUAUCAGAAACGGUUAAAUGAUAAGACAGUUGAAAUGAAUAUUGGUAAGAAUGAUUAUUUAUUAAAUAUCUAUGUGGCCAAUACUUUAAAGAAGAAGUAUUAUUAUGAAGAUAUUCCUGAAUUACUUGAUUAUUAUCAAGAACUUAAUGAAAGUAGAGUUGCAUUAAUGAAUAAGAUUUUAAAGAAUGCAUCUAUAUUAGAACGUAACACUUGUGAUAAAAUCAAAGAAAAAUUACAUGCUGUUGAUGAAACCAUUGAACAAAAUAAUCCUAGAUUAGAUACUGUGAUGUAUAUUAAACAUAAUUUAUCAGAUUGGCAUGAUCCAGCUGAUUUCCAAUUCAUUCCAAGUCCAAUCUGGCAUGAUGAAGAUGAAUUGGUUACAACAGGACCUGAAUUAAAUGAUUUAAGAAAGAAAUUAAAUAUAGCAUCUAAUGAAUAUGCCAUCUAUGAACAAAAAUGUAUUGAUUCCAAACAAAAAUUAGAAGAAUCAACCAGUUCACGAAAAUCAGAUCCAUCAAGUUUAAAUUUAAAAUUCGAUGGUCCAUUAUAUACAUCCUUAUCCGUGUUACAAACCUUCUUAAAAGAUGAUAAUGUGAGAGUUAAAAGAGAUGUUGAAAUGCAAAUCAUUGAGAAAUUCGCUGGUGAUAAGGAUUUAUCAUAUACUGAACAAGUUAAAGAGAAGAAAUCAAGAUUUGGAAUCUUUGGAAGUAGUUCAAAGAAACAUAGUGAAGCUGCUAGUCCUGAUGAUGCAUCUGAUACGCAUUCCUUACAAACCGUUAGAACUAAUAAUAGUCAUCAUACAACCAAUUCAAAAUUCUUUAGUUUAAGAAGAAACAAGACUCAAUCAUCAAUCACUAGUAGUGGUAAUGGAACUAGUGGAUUAAGAGGUAGAGUGUCAUUUGCAUUUACAUCAACAGGGGGUGAUACUUUAACGGUUAAUGUUGGAGAUGAAUUCUCAGUUGUUGAACCUGAUAAUGAUAAUUCAGGUUGGACAGAAGUUAGAAUGGAUAGUGGUGAAGAAGGUAUAGUUCCAACUGCCUAUAUCGAAAUAAAUUCUACAGGAGGAGGAAGUAAUGGUCCUGGCCCUAGUAGUAGGAAUGGUAGUGUUUCUGAUCCAUCAAAUAAGAAGAAAGGUCCAUCUGUGGCUCCUAGAAGAGGAGCUAAAAAAGUUCAAUAUCUUGAAGCAGUUUAUGAUUAUGCUGCUGAUGGUGAUGAUGAAGUCAGUAUACGCGUAGGAGAUAAAAUCAUUUUAGUAGAGGAAGAUGUAGAUGGAUGGACAAAAGGUGAAGUUAAUGGAGUAACUGGUGUAUUUCCAUCUACUUAUGUAAAGAAAUUAUAAGACUAUGUUGUAUAAAAAUGUAUAUGAAAAAUGUUAUAGAUUACAUGAUUGUUAAAGUUCUAAAUUUCCGAAUUUUUUAUUAAAUUUUUAUAUAUAUAAAAGUUUUGGGAGAAAAAAUGAAAGAAGAUUGAAUAAGGUAUAACCAGUCGAUUAUAAAACGAAUGAUGAAUGAUAUAUUAUUAAAAAAUUUGGAAAAUUGUAAAGCAAUCCUU